AUGGUGGACAGCAUUGUCCCUGGGACACUACCUUCAUCUGUAACAGGACCUGUUAUUCUUGUGGUCAGCAAAGCCGAUGGAGACGAAGAGGUUACAGCUGCUGGGAAUAAUAUAGUUGGAAUUGUACUUCUGCAGGAGCUGCCUCAUUUAUCUCAUCUGGGUGUUAGGGCCCGGCAAGAGAAGGUUGUAUUUCUGACUUGUGAAGAUGAUGAUAAAGUUUCUGACAUGAAGAAACUCACUGGAAAAUCUGUGAGAUUAGAAGCAUCCUCAGCAGGCGUUAAUAUAAUUCCAUCUUCGUCGGACAAUACCAAUGAUGAUUUUCCAGGGACGAAUAUUUCAAGUAGGGGUCCUGCUACAGUUGGAACCCUAUCAGAAAAUAGUUCUUCCUCAUCCAAUGUGAUAACUUUCUCGUCAAAUCAAGGUCUAUCUACUGGGGGUGUCAUACUGCUUGCUGACUCAAGUGGACAAACUUCUGGUGCAAAGGCGGCUGCUUGUGGUCGCUUGGCUUCUCUGGCAGCAGUUGCUAACAAAGCCAAAGUGAUUGGGGGUUCUUCGACCUCAGAUCUAGCUUCUCUGAGUAUUUUGAGGCUUGUUUCUGGUUUAGAUCUUCCUGAUCUUUGUUGCACUUUGGAAUGGAUUUGUGAAGAUUUGUGA